CAAACACACCCCAAAAAUUGAAAAUAAAUGUCAAAAACCUAGCGAAUAAUUUCGAAAAAAUUUCACCAACAGAAAAAAGGUCGCAAAAAAUCCUAAAAAAAUGUGAAAAGUGAGCAAAAUAAAAAAAUUCUUUCCUAUAUAAAUAAAAAGUAAAGAAAAGAGUUAAAAAAGAAGAAAAAUCUACAUGUAUAUUUGUGAAAUGUGCGAAGAAUGAUCUAAAAAUAAUUUAUAUAUAAAAUAAAAGAAAAAAAUAAGGAGAAGGCAAGGAGAAAAUGUGAAUUGAAGAGAUCUGUGAGUGUCCAUCUAAAAAGAAAAUAAUUAUAAAGAAAAAAAAUUUUAGUGCCAAAAAAUAAAAUCUUUUGCACAGAUUUUUCAAAUAAAAAUAAAUUUUUGUGUCGGGAAGGAGCAAGCAGAAGUGUGUGAGAAAGAAAGAGAGAGAGAGCGAAUAAAAAUAAAUUAUGCAUUGCAAUCCAAAAAUAAUUUCAAGCUGAAGUGUAAAAAAAUGUGAAUGAAAAUGAUCCAACAUGCAGUGUAACGCACAAAAUUAAUCAAAAUAAAAUAGAAUUAAAGUAUAAAAUUGCACCCCCACGCAAAAAAAAGAAGAAAAGUAAAGUCGUGUCUAGUGAAACGUAAAACUAACAAAUUUAACAAAUUAACCAUGACAGAAUUAAGUAAUGUACUCAAAACCUACCAAGAUAAUGCACUAAAGACGCUUCAAGGACCAGCCAGUCUAUUCUACAAUACACAUCAGUACCAUAAAGGUCUUAAGCGUGAAAUUGACUCACCUCCACCACAGGACGAUGAUUUUAAGCACACAUCAUCAUCACCAAUGCAAUGUAAUAUUUCUAUACCAUCCGGCACUGUCAUAGAACGUGCCGAGUCAAAUCGUCAAAUUUCAUCGCCAUCAACACCAACGCAGCAGCAACAACAAAGUCAACGAGACUUUUGUCCAUCACCACCAAUCACAUUUGUACCAAUGAUGCAACCAAUUCAAUCUCAGCCAAUCUUAACAGCACCAGAUAGUGAAUGUGGUGAACUUAUGGAAUGUAUCAUUGAAGGACGUCCAAUAGGAUGUUUUCAAGUUGGCGGUGAGCUGCGACUAUGCUUUCCACAAAUCCUUAACAACAUCCUGCCUGAAUUUCCACUCGAACGAAUUCAUCCAACAAUUGAGGACUUACACAUCCACUGCUCAUUGAGUACACCUGAACAAUUGGCUGAAUUUAAACGUGCAAAAAUUUUACCACCUAAUGUCCCACCAUGUGGGCUCAUUACACGCACAAAUGCUGAACGUCUAUGCAGUGCACUUUUACAUAAAUCUGUUAAGAAGAAGGACUUAAGUCAUCAAAAUUAUUUCUCAUUUCGCGUUUAUCAUCGAUGCUUUGGUAAAUCUGAAGGAAUUUGUACACCAGAAUUAUUUACAUUUAGAGAUCGCGAGUGCAUUGAAUGUGUUGAAUGUCAUGGUAUGUUGGCACCAAAUAAAUUUGUAUUGCAUGUAUGCAAAAAUAAACCAAAAGAAAAUUCAACAUGUCAUUGGGGUUUCGAGUCAAAUAAAUGGCGAUCUUAUAUUCAUGUCGCAAUGAGUGAACCGAAUCAGGAGAAAUGUACGAGAUUAUUGGAUGAAAUGUUUGCAGUUGAAAUUGACUUUGAGCGUGUUCUUUAUGAGGCGAAUAAUCAAAUGGAGGAGUCGAAUAAUUUAAAACGAAAGGCGGCUAUGGAAGAAGUCAGCACAUUGACAGGCGGUCAAACGAAACAAGAGCCAGGAUAUGACAUUCCAUUGAAGAAAUCAAAAAUGGAUGAGAGUCAAUUGACACAAUAUUUACGUGAAUUGUAUAGUCCGGCAACGCUGUUGUAUCAAUUUUCACAGCUGUCACGACAACAGCCAUGGUUAGCAGCAGCAUCACCAAAGCACAUAAUAACGCCUUUUGGACCAAAUGUUGCGUCCAUCCCGUACCUAUCGUCGACACAGGAGCCACCAAUUUUACAAAAUCCAGAACGUGUUGUGAGACAUACCGAGAAUGAGCGAUUUGAUCGUUCAUAUCAGCCAAAUGUGGCACUAGCACCAAGACAAACAAUUUUAGCAAAAGAGCGAGAACGCGAGCAGCGUGAGUUUGAGAAAGAACGUGAGAAUAAUGAAAGAUCAAGUACAGUAAUAAAACGUGAGACAAUUCAAAUUAAACAAGAACGUCCAUCAACACCAAAUGCCCAUGAAUUAUCACCGGAAAUACGUCACAAUUCACCUGAGACGACAGUCACACUCGAAACAUCAUCAUUGUCGUCUGGUCAGCAAGAGAAGAUGAAUGUUACCGCACCAAUAAGUCCCGAAGGACAAUCCGGAUCAAAUGAGAUAACAUCAUCCACAUCACCUGUACCUGCAACGCCAUCGAUGAUACCAAAUAAGCAAGAAUCAAUCUCACCGCCACAUCAUCAUCAUACAACAUCACCAAGAUCUCAUCAUUUACAUCAUCAUACAAUGAUAAGUAGUCAUCAUCAUCAUUUGAUUCAUAAGACAUCAUCAACAUCGUCAGCAUCGCCACCAACAGUGGUUGUUAAAGUCACGACAAAUCAUCAAAUGGUCACACCACUUAAUGGACUCGCCAAAAAAGUCCCAAUUAUUGGUAAUCCUGAAUUUGAACUCUCAACGGAUACGGAUGAUGAGAGUUUAGGUGAACCAGAUAGUAGUAAUCAUAAUGGUAGCUUAGCACAAACGCCAUACGAAUUUGCAGCAAAUUUGUUGAAAAAUAAUUCAACAGAUGAUCACAAUAAGAUACUUGAUCUCAUAAAAUACAUGGAGAAGGAGAUAACGCAAUUAAAAGAGGCUCAUAAGAAGGAGAUUCGCGAGAGGCAGCAUAUCGAGGAGACACUGAGAAAAGAGAAUGAAAGAUUACAGAAUCAAAUUAAUCAGCAGCAUAAGAUGAGUGUUAUUGCAAAUGCCUCGUGUCUCUCGACUAGCUCGUCAAGCUCAUCAAGUUCAUUAUCGUCAAAUUCAUCGUUUGAUUUUGAGCAUCAGCAACAAAGAAACGGAAAUAAUAAUGAACGACGCAAUAGUAUUGUAGCUGCUGAGAAGCCGAAUGUUAUCAUUAAGCCACCGAAAAAGUCCCUCCUUCGAAUAACGCCACUUCUUGAGAAUGACUGCAAACCAACUGCCAAUAACAAUAAUAAUAGCUGUAGUAAUAGUAAUAAUAAUAAUAUAAAUAAUUCACAAUCGACGACGACCACAACGCCAUCAAUUGUUAUAAUGCCAAAAUGCGAAGAUAUUAUAAACAAUAAUAAUACGAAAAUUUACAAUAAUAAUAAUAAUAAUAACAACAGCACAUCCACGACAACAACGACUGUAGUCAUAAAUGGUCAACAGACUGAAUCGUCAUCGGGAACUGAUGAUAAAAUUAACAACAGCAACCUUCAAAAGACGACAAUUAAAGCUGAAAAGUUAUAAGAUCACGAUAGUGUUCCCAGAUUCGAUUUACGUGCGACGGUGCGUAAUCGGCUGGCAACACUUGAAUUUACGACAACAACUACAACAACGCAUUAUGUACAUAGGAAUUUACGUUAAAUUAUUAUUAUUAUUAUUAAACUACUUCCUAGAUUUUCUGUAGGAAGGAUAUUUGUUGGAUUUCACGUGGAAGUUCUAUGAGUGGACCCUCAUUUUGAGGGAUAGUUUUGAUCGUUAAAAAUUGCUAGAUACUCAAAAACUAGUACUCAUGACCCCCAUAUCCGCGUGGAAGUUCGACAAAAAUUUUUUUAAAAAUGUCUCUCGUUAUUGAAAAAUAUGCAAAAAAUUAACUUCCUUGCGUGAAGUAAAAAAAAUGAAGACUCCCAUGAUAACCGCAUGGAAGUUCAACCCUCACACUUAUAAACACAAAAAUGAAUAAGAUGUAAUUACCCCACACCCACACACACAUGAACUAGAAAUAUUAAUAAUUUUUAAAUAAGAAUAAUAUGAAAAAAAAAGUUAUUACGUUAUGAGAAUUUUUCUUUGAAUAAUUAAACUAUAAAUAUGUAAAUGUAUGUAUGUAUGUACAAUAUUUGCUCUUAAUAAUUAAGAAACUAUUCGACGCAAUCGCGUGGAAGUUGAAGAAUGUCCUUAAAAAAUUAUUUAAUCUCCGUUUACAAAACAAUACAAUAUGAUAUAUAUUUAAUUAAAUUUAAGUACGAAACCCAACAUUUUCAAGGCUUCUCUCGCUAAUAAAAUUUACCAUGCCCUAUAACUCGCGUGGAAGUUCGUAAAUUUUUUUAAAAAAAAAAUCUAGUAAUAAGGAAUUAAGUAAAUUAAUUAUAAUAAAAAUGUUUGUGUGCUAUAUCAAUAUAAGGAAAAAAAAAACAUUUUAAAAAAUUUUUUAUUUUGUUCUUUUGUCUGAACAAAAACAAAAGAUUAAUUAAAUUAACCGAUUUUUGCACUGAAAAGAAAACUUCAUUUUUUGUUGUAAUUUAUUUUUGUUAAUUUUUUUUUAUUUUGUAUAAAUCAACCCACCAGAUGAAAUCAACAGAAAUACUAAUUAAUUAUCUUAAAUAAAAAAUACAUGAAUACACACAUACAUAUGCAGAAUUACAAAUACACAUACACUUUUUUUUA